UAUCUAAACAAAUUUGUGUUGUAAAUUUUUUCCAGAAACAGGUAAUCGGUACUACGUAUUAAGUAAACAAGUGCAUAUUUUUUACUUUUGUUGUUCUUCUAUAAAUACAAUUUGUAUUUGUUUAAAAAAAAUUGCCAUACAGCAGCAACAACAAUUAAUUACUAAUACAGCUAUAUACAAAAAUAUUUAUUGUACAGAAAAACAUAAAAAGUUCCUAAAACUGAACAAUUCUUUUGAAAAUUAGAAUAAAAUAAAGAAAUAGACAUGAAAUCACAACAACUAAAAGUGUCAAAAGAAGGCAGACGAAGAAAUUCUUGUGUUUAGGUAUAAUUGGUUUGGCUAUAAUUCUGCUGCUGGUAGUGUAUGCCUCAACUGCUGCCACCAAUGAAAAGACAUGACUCGUUGUAUAUUCUGUGAUAUAGUGGCCGGAAAGUCGCCCAAUACCAAAUUGGAAGUAGAAACCGAUGAAUAUGUGAUAUUUAAAGAUAUUAAACCAGCUUCAACUUACCACUAUCUAUGUGUAACGAAACGGCAUAUAGAAAGUUUAAAGGUCAUGACCAAAGAAGAUAUACCAUUAGUCAACCGCAUGGAGGAAGGUUUAAAGGGUUUCUUCAAAUCGCAGGAUAUCGAUCUUAAUGAUGCUUUAUUUGGCUUCCACAUGCCUCCCUUUAUAAGUGUCAAACAUUUGCAUAUGCAUGGUAUAGCACCACGUUCUAAUAUGUCUUGGACUAAUAGUUUUAUGUUUAACCAUCUUCAUAUUGGUUUAAAAACGGUUGAGGACGCUAGACAGUAUUUGGAAAUAAAUCAUAAAGUUUUGUCACUUCCAUUUAGGGUUUAUAAUUAACUAAAUUUAUAAGUCAUUGCACGUUUUUCAAUAUUGGUUUUAGGUACAAAUUUAUAAUAAAUUAGCCAUAUUUUUCCACUCAUACAUAAAAAUUAUGUAAAUUGUAUAUUUUUUGUUGUAUUUUUUAAAGAUGUAAAUGAAAUUGCAAUAAGUUUAAAAAUAAAAUGAUAAAUAAAAGAUUGCUAUACAAACAUGACGUCA